AUGAAGUUCACAAUCACCACCCUAGCCCUCCCCCUCCUGGCUGCCUCCGCACCAACCCCCGAACCACCCGCAAACCCAGCAUUCGGCGUGAUGGCCAUGCGCUCCGCCUCGCCCAUCCACUUCGCACAGCUAAACGCUGCCGGUCAGAAGUUCUACCUCCACGGAGAAACAGCCUCCUACUGCCCAGAGCAGGUCGAACACUGCCCACCCGGAAAGCAAACUGUUUUCGCUCCCGGCGGCGGCUCUCUGGACGUCAUGGUCCCAGGCGGCCAGCAGGUCUACGUCGACCCCAACGGUGCCCUGAGCUUCACCCAGGCUCACUCGGCCAGUAUCCCCGAGGGCUCCGUGCGCGGUCCAUUCCACUACGCCGCUGAUGAGCCUUGGGCUCACUACUCCUUCGCGGGUUGGGGUGCUACUGGCUUCAUGGCUUGUCCUACAGAUGAUGAGCGCUGGCAAGUGUUUGCCGCCAUCCAGAAUGCUACUGUGCCCCAUGGAAAUGUGGAUGAGUGUCUUGGGUUCUCUGCUGUCGCUUUGACUUACGAUGGGGAGAUCCCUGCUUGGCAGUAUAUUUAG